UGUGUGCGAGACACUAGUCACUCAGUUGAUCUGCGUGGAAGCCAGUGAGUGCAGAAUCGAGGAAACAUCGCGACAAGAGUGAUACUUUCAGUUAUUGGUCAUCUGAGCGAGAUUUUGUAAUUUCACGUGACAGCUGGGCUGACGAAACGAUUCACCGACCUACGUCACUGCUCGAGUCGGUAGUAGUCUUUGGUGUCCUUCAGUAAUCUUUGUGCGGGGGUCAGUGUGGCACACGACUGUCGGCAGCGCUAAAUUUCUGCAAGGGAAGUGGUCUGUAAGCGGAACUUGGAAUGCCUAACAAGGUUGCGGAAUCAGAAGAAAUGGCAUCGUCUCCGCCAAUCCUGUAUCGUGACGAAUCGCAAACGGAUAAACUGUCAAGAAAAAUUAAGGAAGCGCCGUUCGUACCUAUUGGUCUAGCUGGUCUUGUUGCGGCAUGUGCUAUUGGUGCUUACAAGUACCGCCAUCGUGGACAGAUGUCGACAUCAGUGUUCCUGAUGCAGCUUCGAGUUGCUGCGCAAAGUAUGGUUGUUGGUUGCAUGACUCUUGGUCUUGGAUAUCAGAUGUACAAAGACUACCUCAGUCCUGACCGAAAGAAACCAUCAGAAUGAAACUUUGUUUCAUAUGUAUGACAGCUGCAUUGUUUUAGUAUUUGCAGCUCUGACAACAUUUUCAGCUCACCUCAAUGAGGUGGUUCUGGUAAUUUAGUGAUUAUUGGGAGAAAAUGUUGUUCAUGAAUGUUGCGAAUAUUUUUCUUUCCUAGAUGCUGCAAAUAUUUUGCGUAUUUAUUUCUGCUGUAUGAAUUGUAUCUGAUAUUAAGUAUAGUUCCUGCUUUAUGUGAACUGUUGCAAUAAUUUGUGAGAAGAGGAGAUACUCGAGUUGUGAAAUGAAAUGACAUGACAAGACCUGAUCUUUUGUGUGUGUGUGUGUGUGUGUGUGUGUGUGUGUGUGUGUGUGUGUGUGUGUGUGUUGAGAGAGAGAGAGAGAGAGAGAGAGAGAGAGAGAGAGAGAGAGAGAGAGACUCUGUAUGCACUUGCUUUUCUCUAAUAGUAUACAAAACUAGUUAGAUGCAAAGUAUAUCAGCACAAAGACAGGCUGUCAGUUGCACUAUCGCAAUUGUUUGAAAUUGUAAUUCAUGCCAUUUUCAAUUAAUUAAAAUCUGUGCCAUGUGUACAGGCCAAGUGAUCAGAAAUAGUGCAGAGUUUUACAUUACCCUCUAUCCUUUAAGCAGAUCAUUGCUUCAGUGCACUAGAGAAACAUGUGAUCUAAAAGCCAUAAAUGUUCAGAUUCACAAAGUGUCAGAUGUUUGCAAAAUAUAAAUUGCCAGAUAUUAGCUUUGAUGUAAGUUUUAACUUUUUUGUCCUGGUUAGCUGUUCACAUGAUAAAUGUUCAGUAUUACAUAAUAAUUACAGUCUUUGUUAAAACUGUGUGAUGUUGUGUAUGGUAACUGUAAUGGUGCUGCCAGUUUUUAAAUCAUGUUAUAGGUGUUUGAGAAGUAAGUAAUUUUUAAGCUGCAUGUUCCAGAAACUUG